AUUUGUAGAGCCUGACGAAUCCAGCUAGUAUUAGCUAUAUAGCAGCCACGCCUUGGGGGCGUGCUUGCCCGUGCCGAGGAUGAAGUUUGGCAAGACUUUCGAGUCCCACCUGACGAUCGAAUGGCGCCAGCAGUAUAUGCGAUAUGCGGAUCUCAAGGCGCUGAUCAAAGAAGGCGUGGAAAAUGCCCCCUCGCCGGUUACUUCCGAUGACUACGAGGUUCAGGCCUAUUACAGGGCCUUCGAGGAGACCUUCCUCACCGAGUGCCAAACGGAACUGGACAGGGUGAACAACUUCUUUCUGGAGAAAAUCUUGGAAGCCCGCCGGAAGCAUGGCCACCUGAAGCUGCAGCUUUUGGCCUAUUCCCGGGUACCCGGACACACGGCCAGUGAUUCCUCGCUACUCUCGAACCAGCGAGCCGAUUCCUCGAGGAUCCAAAAGAAGACGAUGACCACUCGCCAGCUGGGAUAUGCCUAUGCCGAGUUCUAUCUGAGUCUGGUACUCAUCCAAAACUAUCAGUCACUGAAUGAGACGGGCUUUCGGAAGAUCUGCAAGAAGUAUGACAAGAAUAUGAAAUCCGGAGCGGCGGGCCAGUGGUUCGUGGAGAACGUCAUGGUGGCCCCCUUUACGGAAGUACGGCAAUUGCAGCGGAUGACCAUCGAGGUGGAGGAUCUGUACACGGCACAUCUGGCGAACGGGGAUCGGUCGUUGGCGAUGGAGAAGCUUCGGGUUCCGCCCCUCGGGGAGCCCACUCCGCCGGCGAUGGUCUUCCGGGCGGGAAUAGCCCUUGGGAUGCUCAUCAUGCUGCUCCUGGCCACCGCGAUCAGCUACUGGAAACGAGCUCCCUCUGAGGACGAUACCCCGGGUCUGAUGCGUAUGUACCGCGGUCCCUUCACCUGGGUGAUCUUCAACUUCUUCAUGGCGGCCAAUGUGGCCGGAUGGCAGCAGGCCGGGGUCAACCAUGUGCUGAUCUUCGAGAUUGACCCGCGGAGUCACCUGCAGCCGGCCACCUUCCUGGAGAUCGCCUGCACCUUCGGGAUCCUGUGGGCCCUGUCCAUGCUGGGGUUCCUGCACCACAAGUCCAUGGGCAUACCGGAUCCCUUCGUCUUCCCACUGGCCCUCAUCCUGAUCAUGGUGGGUCUGCUGGUGGUGCCGCUGCCCGUGAUGAACUGGCCGGCCCGAUGGUGGACCAUCAAGUUGGUGGGCCGUGUGAUCACCGCUCCGCUGCACUACGUGGGUUUCGCCGACUUCUGGAUGGGCGAUCAGCUCAACUCGCUGGUCACCUGCAUUGUGGAUCACUAUUAUAUCGUGCGAUUCUAUGCGAUAAGUUGGCUGCGAUACGAACGGAUCAACAACUGCUUCGAACCGGAUGUGAUUGUACCGAUAACGAUGUGUUUGCCCGGCUGGUUUCGAUUUGCCCAGUGCUUGCGGAGAUUUCGGGACAGUGGUUCCAAGUCGGUGAUCUAUCUGAUCAAUGCCGGGAAGUACUCCACCACAUUUCUGGUGGUCCUAUUCGCCACGCUGCGCCGCAAUACGGAGGGUGAAUAUGCCAAUACGUUCAGUAACCCGUACACCUGGCUAUUCCUCGCCAGCUGCGUGGUGGCCACCGUCUACUGCUAUUUGUGGGACGUCAUCCGGGACUUUGGGCUCUUCACCAUCAUGCGCGGCGAGCAUAUUUUCCUCAGGAAGCAAUUGGUCUAUCCGCAGGCCUUCUACUACUUUGUGAUCGUAGAGAAUCUGGUGCUGCGGCUCUUCUGGGCCGUGGAGUUCGCCAUUCUGUAUCACAACCUGAUGACCCCCUAUAACAUGAAGACCAUCAGCAGUAUCCUGGAGAUCACCAGACGCUUCAUUUGGAACUACGUGCGGCUGGAGAACGAGCACUUGUUCAACUGCGGAAAGUUCCGUGCCACCAGGGAGAUCCACUUGGCUGCCCUGAAUCCUCGCCAGGAGCGAAUGCUGGAGAGCAUGAUGGACGAGACGGAUGGCGUGACCAACCGGCGCAAAUCGAAGGAGCGCAUUCGCCUGGGGAAGGAGUACUUCUAGUGGCAGCUGCCGAUCUGUUUAAAUUCCCCUCUGAACUCGGAGCCCCCCAUCCAUCGGUCUUUAAUGGUCCGUCGUCGUCUUUAAUUAAUUCAUUUGUGCAAAAAUACAAGUCAGAUGGAAAGACUGGAGCGACUGGAGAAAGGGAGCACGAGGAGCACGCGCCAAACCGGUUGACCAGCUGCACCCAAAAGUGGUAACUCCCCCGGGGACUCCCGUCUCCGCAUUUACUCGUACGUGAGCAUAUAUAUAGAUAUAUAUCGCCCGAUCAGGUAACAAUUGUCAUUGCUGGAAAAGAGGAGCCGAGGAGCAGGGCAGAGAGGUAAAUAUCCUCGUGGCGAGCUCCCGAUCACGGAUCGCCAUCGCCAUCAAACAAGCUGUUCGACAAUCUCUUAAUUGACUCGCAUCGAGCUUUGAUUGGCCUCGUAAUUAGCCAGGGAGGAGGAGAGGAGAACGAACCCGAGGAUGAUCACCGAUCACCCAUUCUAAACCCAUUCUAAACCCAUUCUAGUCCGGAGAAAGGCAUUCGAAUGGUAGAAGUG